GUUGAUGAUGGCCUCAGUAAACAGCGUCAUGUGCGACGUACCUAGGUAAGGAUCUGGGCCGUCAACUAAGCAGUCAUCUUUAAGUCUUCUAAAGCAGUAGUGAUUAUGGCUUCUAAUGUCGAGCUGCUCAACUUUUUUCUACAAAGGUCAAGCACCAUUCUGGUUUUUCUUGCGCCAGAUCAACAAACCUCGCACUUUUCCCACGAAGAGCCUUACAUAGCUGUGCAAUAUCGAAAUGGGAAGUAUUCUUCCUUUGUACCGGAUAGGCGUUGAUGUUGGCGGAACAAACACAGACGCUGUCAUUCUCGACCCCAAUGGUGCGCUUUGGGAAAACCGAGGAGUUGUUGCAUUCCACAAGACCUCGACAACCAGCCCCAAUGUCACAAACGGCAUUGAGUCCGCCGUAAGAGCUGUGAUUGAGCAAUCAGGGAUUAGUUUAGGACAAAUAUCUUCUAUCUGCAUUGGAACAACGCAUUUCAUCAAUGCUGUCGUUGAGCAUGAUGCGAAACAGCUAUCCAAGGUCGCCGUCAUUCGCCUUUCGAAAAGCUACACGCGCGAUAUACCACCUUUCUCUGACUUCCCGCCUGCCCUAGCCAAGCUUAUGAACGGUUACUAUGGAUAUGUGAAUGGUGGCCUUCAUAUCGAUGGCUCUCAAGAAAGUCCAGUACUCAAAGACCAGGUGAUCCAGCAGUGCAAUAUCAUUAAAGAAAAGGGACUUAACACGAUCGUCAUCUGCGGGGUGUUUUCCCCAAUCGACACACACUUUCGUCAGGAACACCAAGUUCGGAAUAUAGUGCUUGAGCAACUGCCCGGUGCGGAUGUGGUUUGCUCGUCUGAAGUCGCGAACAUGGGGUUCUUGGAGCGAGAAAAUGCGUCUAUCCUCAACGCAUCCAUAUUGAAAUUUGCACGAAGAACGAUUGCAAGCUUCAAAGCGGCUAUGCGGAGGCUCCAACUAGACUGCCCUCUAUAUCUGACACAAAACGAUGGGACACUGAUUGAUGCUGCGGCCGCUGCCAGGCUCCCUAUUCGGACCUUCUCCUCAGGGGCUACCAAUUCCAUGAGAGGUGCAGCUUACCUAGGAUUAUCUUCUUCUCAGGGUACAAAAAACACAUCUGCGAUAGUCAUUGACAUUGGCGGGACUACCAGCGACGUUGGAGUUCUGUUGCCUUCUGGUUACCCAAGACAGGCAUCGGCAUUCGUCACUGUUGCGGGAAUCAGGAUCAACUAUAACAUGCCUCAUGUCGAAUCAAUCGGUUUAGGUGGUGGCUCUAUUAUCAAAGUUAACGUACAUGGCGAUGUUACCGUUGGGCCCACAUCAGUCGGGUAUCAAUUGACUACAAAGGCGAAGAUAUUCCACGGCGAUGUUCUUACUGCUACAGACAUCGCUGUAGCCCACGACCCAAGUAUCAAGAUUGGGAAUCCAGCCCUUGUCAAAGACGUUUCAACAGAAAAUAUUACGCAGGCACGGAGGAAGAUGAAAGUCAUGUUGGAGCGCGUCAUUGAUAUUAUGAAGACGUCUCCGGACCCCCUCCCAGUUCUCUUGGUGGGAGGUGGCUCGGCCAUCGCCCCCAACGAACUAGAUGGCGUCUCUACUAUUAUCCGACCACCCUUUCACCAAGUUGCAAACGCUGUUGGUGCUGCUAUCUCGAAGGCUGGCAGUACAGUAGAUAUCAUCCAAAGCACAGCUAAUCAGACUGUGGCAGAUGCGUUGGAGCAUGCGAAAUUGGCUGCCAUCGAGGCGGCUGUUGCGAUUGGCGCGAUUCGUGGAACAAUUUCGAUAACGGAGAUGGGAUCAAUUCCAUUGCAGUAUGUUGAGCAUCAGAUUCGAACUUUGGUCCGGGUUGCAGGUGAUCUGUCCACAGAUUUUGCAGCCGUUGAUGACAUUACGUCCGACCACCUUCAUGAUGAGGAACAUGAAGACGAAGCAAUUUCAGUCGAAUCAAAGCACAAAAGAUGCAUCGAGGAUGCCCCGAAACCUUUAGAUAUUGAAACAUACCGUCCAAAAAUCAUUACGAACUCAGAAACAGGGAUUUCAGAGUGGAUCAUCUCUGAGACUGAUCUUAUCUGGCUUGCGGAUGGUUGCUAUGUGCUUGGUUGUGCUGGGGGAGGGACGCCACUCCCUGAGUUCUUGAAGCUACGCGAUCAGGUUCGAGCUGGUCAUAUUAUCCGAGUUGUUGAUGCAUCUUCACUAGCCAAAGACGCAAGAAUAUACUGGGGUGGAAACAUGGGGUCUCCAGCGGUAUCCGCAGAACGUCUGUCAGCAGGAGAACUGCUUGAGUGUAUUGAUGAGAUGAUGUAUUAUCUUCGCCACGACUCGUUCGAUGCCGUAAUGAGCGUCGAAAUUGGAGGUGCAAAUGGACUUCAACCACUAUUGUGGGGCUCCUCUAAAAACUACAAUCGUGUCUGCGUGGAUGCAGAUUUAAUGGGACGAGCAUAUCCAAACUACUGGCAGAACACCCUAACAGCACACGAAUCGGGCCAGUUAGUUCCCUGCGCUAUUGCAUCUGGAAAUGGAAAGGCAAUGAUAAUGACGAGAACCGACGAAGACUUGGACGUCGACCGAGUCCUGCGAGCACCUGCUAUCGAGAUGGGAAGCUACGUCGGAAUGAUUGGGAAGCCCACAACCGCAGAUCAUGUAGAAAGAUAUGGCGUGCUGAAUACCAUGUCUUCUGCAUGGAGAAUCGGUCGAUGCAUCAAUCGCGCUAAACUGAGCAACACAAUCGGAACCGUGACGGAUCAAAUCAUUGACGAGCUUGGGGGCUCAUCUGCAGCCAAGUUAUUGUUUACAGGAAAGAUCAUCGGGGUCGAACGUAAACUCCUCAAGGGCCAUUCAUACGGUGAGGUGAUUGUGGAAGAGAUGCCCGCAAGCGAAGAAGACAAGCGCAAACUCGCGUACGCGCCUACUGCGCAAGGGGGCCAGCUGAGAGUGCCGUUUAAAAACGAGAACAUCUACGCAAAGCACAUCGCUGAAGAUGGCACUGAGACAUUCGUCGCUAUGGUGCCUGAUUUGAUAGCCAUUCUUGACGCGCAAACUGGCAAGGCUCUCGGAGUUCCGGAGUUCAGAUACGGUGUGAUUGUGCACGUUCUAGGCAUUGCUGCUUCGCCGAGAUGGACUGAUAGUCCUAGAGGUCUGGAAAUUGGUGGCCUAGGCGCGUUUGGUUAUGAUAUUCCUUACAAGCCAUUGGGUACAUAUGUUAAGCCAAAGAGCGUAGUACUGGAGUUUGCAUAGGCAUUUUAAACGUUCAUUUUCUGGUUUCGGACGUAGAAUGGAAGGGUUAUAUGCCGUGGUCUUUCAGCAUAGCUCAGACUCACUGUUGGUUGGGAACUGAGAGCUAGAUCGUUUAUGAAUUCAGAAGUCCUUUAAUAGUCCAACUGAAUGCUGGGAUCAUUGGAAGUGACGCAG